UAUCACACUUUCCUUUUUCCUUGGUUUCGUGCUCUUAUCUUUCUCCUCGGUGUGAAGAACCUGCAACCUUAGGCAAUCGUCAAAGUAAGAGCUUUGGUAUUGAAAGUCUGAUGGCCAUCAUGUCUGAUGAUCGUUAACCCAGUCACGAAAGAACCAUUUCUUCCCUGCUUGUAGCUCUUAGUUCGUGGGUGUUCAUGAUAGUAGGAUCUCAAAGCACAAUCAUAUUCUGUUCCAGUAGAACAUCCGGGAUCACCAUUACAGAUGAGAGAGUAACAAGGGGAGUCUAGCAAAAAGAACCCAAAACAGAGGAGAAAAGGGGGUGCACAAUAUGGCACAAGCUGUAGUUUCCACUGUUGCAGGUAGGCUUGGGGACCUGCUCAUUCAGCAAGCGAUUUUCUUAGUUGGUGUGAAGGACCAAGUGGAGGAUCUACGAGAUGAGUUGAUGUGGAUACAGAGCUUCUUGGAAGAUGCUGAUUCAAGGCAAGAUGAAGGCUCCCUAGUGAGCACCUGGGUAUCAAAAAUUAGACAUGCUGCUUAUGACAUCGAAGACAUCAUCGACACCUACAUCCUCAAGGUUGCAGAUGAAGAUGUUUUAGAUCGUACUCGAAGAAGGAGACAAUUCUUGGGUUCCCUUAAGAGUUAUGCCUACAUUUGCCAGAAAGGGGCAAGCCUCUACACAAUAGGAAAGGACGUUGAAGUGGUCAAAACUCAGAUCCAAAAGAUUGGUGAAGAAAUGAAGAGGUAUGGCAUUCAUAGGAACGAUGGUGGCUCACGAGCAGGAGGAGACAGGAGGAGCAUUUCCCAACAAGAUAGAUUUCAACAACUAAGAAGAACCCAUCCUCAAGAUGAUGCUACCCUCAAAGACAUUUUUGGGUUGGAAGAAAACAUAAAUAAAUUGGUAGCAGAACUAGUGUGCGGUGAAGAUCGGUGCAGCUCUAUUUGCAUUGCAGGAAUGGGGGGCAUUGGCAAGACUACUCUUGCCUUGAAGGUUUUCAACCAUAAAAAAGUGAAGCGCCAUUUUAAGUGUCGUGCUUGGGCAUACAUAUCGAAAGACUUCAGUGUCAAAGACGUCUUCAAGAGACUAAUAAAAGAAAUCAAGCCCAAUCUCAGUACAGAAGAACUACAGGAGAUGGGGGUGUUCAGUGAAGAGGUAUAUUUGGAAGAAAAGCUUCGUGAGCUAUUGAAAGAUCGUAGGUACUUGGUGGUACUUGAUGACAUAUGGGAUGUAGAAGCUUGGGAGAGACUAAACAGAGCAUUUCCUCGUCAGAGUAAGAAGAAAGGAAGAGUAAUUCUUACUAGUCGCAAUAGGAAAGUUGCUAAAGAGAGUAUCAUUCACCAAUUACAAACUCUAAAUGAAAUGGACAGUUGGAAGCUUUUCGUUGUUAAUGCAUUUGGUGAUGAUGAUUCAAAUUAUUGCCCUAAGAAUUUUGAGACGUUGGGGAAAGAGAUGGUGGAGAAGUGUGGUGGUUUACCACUAGCUAUCACUGUGUUGGCUGGUUUAUUAAGGGGAAAGUCACCACAAGAGUGGUUUAAAGUGAGAGAUCGCAUCCACCAACAACUGAUGAUGAAAGAAGGGCAAGGGAAAAACAGCCUUGAAAAGAUAUUGUCUUUGAGUUACAGUGAUUUACCCUAUCAUCUAAAGGCAUGUUAUCUCUAUAUAGGUUUAUUCCCGGAAGAUUAUGUGAUCAAUGUUGAGCAAUUGAUUCUGUUGUGGGUUGCCGAGGGUUUUAUAAGGUGUGAAAGAGAUGGAACAACAUUGGAAGAAGUGGCUAGGGAAUACUUGAAUGAAUUGAUUGAUAGAAACAUGCUUCAAGUGGUAAGACAAGAUGACUUGGGGAAGGUUAAGAAUUGUCAAAUCCAUGACCUUCUGCGAGAAUUCUGUAUUUCAAAAGGUGGAGAGGAAAACUUUUUAGAUUAUUAUCCUCGUCACUCCUGCUCCUCAUCAUCUUCAACUAUGGCUUCAAGUGUAUUCAACUCACGACGAUAUGCCAUACAUUCAGAGAUUGGAAGGUACGAUUUCUCUAACCUUUCUAACUCACACCUACGUACAUUAUUGUCCUUCAACCCCAAUGAAGAAUCUCUUCAACAACAACAAUUGGAAUCCAUUUCAAAUAUCAGAUUAUUGAGGGUGCUUGACUUAUCAAAUGUUGACCUUCAAGGUAUGAGGUUGCCUAAUGCCUUUGGAAAGUUGAUUCACUUGAUGUACUUGCGACUAUCUGACACAAAAGCAAAGCUUCCAUCAUCAAUAGAGGGCUUGCAAAGCCUACAAACUUUAGACUUAAGGUGGAGUGGAUGUCAUUGGUCUGAUAUAGCUAUUGAUGCUUUAUCAAAGCUAACACAAUUAAGGCACUUGCUUUUAGAUCACUCAUACUGGAAUGGUUUGGACAGAGAGGUUGUUGCUUUGCCACGUUUUGACACCCUAACAAACCUCCAAACUCUAAAUUAUGUGGAUUCCAUUCUUUGGAAACAAAAUGAGAUGACCAAUUUGAUCAAUCUUCGACAUCUAUAUAUAGAAGAAAUUGCAUCAAAUGUGGAUUCAGUGUUGUCAUCAGUUGCCAAGUUGGAAAGAAUUCAAUCACUGUGUCUGCUAUUAUCAACUCUAGAUUAUGGAUUUCCAACCUUGGUGCCAUUGUCUCAAUGUCAUCAACUUCGAACUUUGAACUUAUGGGGGAAAAUAGAAAGGCUGCCAAGAGAUCCGUACCAUGAAUUCCCACCCAGAUUGACUGAAUUAAGCUUGUGGUUUUCAAGUUUAGGGCCAAACGCACUGGCCACGUUGGAAAAAUUGCCCAACUUGAUGUCCCUUUCUUUGUGGGAACGUUCAUAUGUGGGGAAGAAAAUAGAAUGUUCCACACAGGGGUUUCCCCAACUCCGAAUCUUACACACCAACAGGUUAGAUAUAGAGGAGUGGGAAAUCAAGGAAGGAGCAUUAGCGAAGCUUAAUCAUCUACGGAUUAUAAAUUGCUACAAAUUGAAAAAAAUACCCAUGGGACUCAAGUUUGUUGUCUCCCUCAAGGUGUUGGAGUUGCAUUAUAUGUUUGAGGAAUUUUGGGAUAGAUUCGAUAGAGGAGAGGAUGCCCAUGAAAUCAUACACAUCCCCUCCAUAAAAACUAAUCGUUGGUCAUGGUAAUUGGACAUCUCAUUGACAAUGUUCAUCUUGUUGAUGUUUCUACAUGCAUUAUUAUUGUACCUGUGUAGGUACAGGGUCAUGCUCUGGAUAGAGAGCUCUUCCCUUUUAUUUUAUUUUACCUUUUUUCUUGUAUUUUCACCAUUUGAUUUUAAUGUGGAAUGGAACGAUGUAUCUUUUGUAUAUUAAGUGGCUAUUACCUUUGUA